AUUUUUACCGCUCCCGCAUCGUUUGAAGGAAACUCUUCCACAAUCGCCUUCAUCGCAUCCCACCGACACUGGAAAAGAGAAAUGCCCGUCCGACCUUCCAUCAAGUUCUACUAUGAUGUUGUCUCGCCUUACUCGUACAUUGCCUUCCAUCUCCUGAGGAGGUACCGCCCAACUUGGAACUUUGACCUCGUUCUAGUGCCCAUGUUCCUUGGUUUCACCCUAAAGAACGUAGGAACACCACCACCAGCUUUUAACCCCGUCAAAGUCGAAUACAUGCGCAAAGAUAUUGGAAGGAUCAAGACCAUCCACAAUAUUGAGAUGAACGUGUUCCCGAACCCGUUUCCAGCCAAUACACUAAAGGCCAUGCGCCUACUCCACGCUAUCAAACUGCAGGGCUCGGCGGAAGUUUUGGAGGACGCUACCGUAAAAUUAUUUGCUUCAUAUUGGACCAAAGGAGAGGACAUCGCGUCUCCUCAGGUCCUUGCUUCCUGCGUGGAAGGAGAAGAGUAUUUGAAGGCCAUGGAAACGCAACAGGUAAAGGAUAGUCUUGUUGCACUCAGCAAGGAAGUAGUGGAAAAGGGUGUGUUUGGUGCACCAACGAUGUUGGUUGAUCGGGGUGACGGGAAAGCUGAGGUGUUCUUUGGAAGUGAUCGGUUGGAUCAUGUCGCAUGGUUCCUAGGGAAAGAGGUCCCGAAAGCAAAGAUGUAAAGAGAUGAACGAGUUCAAUGGAUACAUUAUUGAAGGGGCAAGGGAUAGAUGGCUGAUGUCACAAUUUAUUGUGUUAUGUAGACGCCAAUAAAGAGAUGUUAGAUCUGA